UUAGAGAUAGUAGUCAUAGUAUGCCUGUAAACAUACACAUUAUAGUAGUUACAAAAAGGCGUAUAAUGGAGAAAGUGUACCUUGUAAUUUUUAUGGUUACAUGCACUGUCUUUGGAGGCAUCGUCAAUGGGUGUCCUUCCUCAUGUUGGUGCUGGCACACGAUUGUUAGUUGCGAAGAAAGAUCUCUAACAACAGUCCCAUCUAAUAUUCCAAAUUCAACAACAAAUUUGUAUUUGUGGAGUAAUAACAUUACAAGAAUAGAUGCUAGUUCAUUUCAAGGAUUGUCGGCACUUACACACUUGUCUUUGUGGAGGAAUAACAUUUCAAGAAUAGAUGCCAAUUCAUUUCAAGGAUUGUCGGGACUUAAAAGCUUGAAUUUGUCGGGCAAUAAUAUUACAAGGAUAGAAACAAACUUAUUUGAAGAAUUAUCGGCUCUAACAGAAUUGGAUUUGAAGAACAAUAUCAUUACAAAGAUAGAUGCAAACACAUUCGAAGGAUUGUCGGCGCUUACAGUCUUGGAUUUGUCAGAGAAUGAAAUUACAAUGAUAGAUGCAAACUUAUUUGAAGGAUUAUCGGCUCAAACAGAAUUGGAUUUGUCAUACAAUAAAAUUACAAGGAUAGAUGCAAACUUAUUUGAAGGAUUGUCGGCGCUAACAAAAUUGUCCCUAUUCACUAACCAAAUUACAACACUGGACGUAAAUCUCUUUAAUGGUUUGACGGCUCUAAAGGAAUUGACGUUACGGGACAAUCAAAUUUCAACGCUCGACGGGAAUACCUUUCGAGGUUUAACGGCUCUCAAGACAUUGGACUUAAGCAUGAAUCAAAUUUCAACGCUCGCCGUGAAUAUCUUUCAAGGUUUGACAGCUCUCAAGAAAUUGAACCUGUAUGACAUCCAAAUUGUAACACUUGACGUAAAUCUCUUUAAUGGCUUGACAGCACUGACGGAAUUGGACCUGAAACAAAACAAAAUUGGAACGCUUGAUGUAAAUCUCUUUAAAAGUUUGACGGCUCUGGAAAAAUUGUACCUGAAUGGCAACCAAAUUGUAACACUUGACGUAAAUCUCUUUAAAGAUUUGACGGCUCUGACGGAAUUGAAGCUAGAAAGUAAUCCUUUGAAUUGCUCAAUGUGUAUGAUGAAAGAAUUCAAGGAUUUUCUUCAAAGGAAUAAUGACUUCGGAAAUUCCGGUGCAAGGUGCAAAGGUGCAAACCUGUUAAUUGACCAGAACUUCAUCUACUGCUCACUGCUAGGUAAAAUAAAUACAGUAGUUAUCUUUCUUGAUUUGCAUGGAUUCAACAUUGUAUUACUCAUCGCUUUCUGUAUCAUCGUUUUGGGACAUAAAUGGAAUCAUCGUCAAAUGGGAUAAGGCUAUCAAGAUUUGGUUAUUCGCAUCCUUAUCAGGCAUUGCUGCCUGCACCGCAGCAGUUAGGAAACCUUCAAGUGGAUUCUGACGAAUGUUGAAAUUCCGCUGAAGAACGUGCUUUAUUAUAUAUCAUCUUUUGAUAAAUUUAGGAAUAAUUUAAAAACUAAAGUUCAAUCUCCACCAAACAAAGUUGACCUGAGAUGGAUUUAACUAUUAAUUGUCUAUUCUUUUUUGUCACAGAGCCCUUAAAUCUUAAAUUGAUCUGUUACACUUGUACACUCUUGGUUGACAAUUUUAUUUUUUGUUUUGAUCGUUCCUGAUAAAGUUUAAUCAAGUAAAGAGCUUCUGACGCCUUUUGAUGUUAUUACAUAUUCUUGUCCUAACUUGUUAUGUCAAUAAUGACCUCAGAUGGUCAAUUCAAGUUUUUAUUAUUUUUUUUUAAAUGAUUUCUUACAGCUGUAUAAAAAGAAACAAGUGUUUAUUUAUCUAAUUACAAUCAAAUAUGCAUUUCCAGAGGUUUAUCAUAUAGCUUUUUUAUUGUUGUUGUUAAGUUUCAUAGUUGUAUAAGCCAUAAGGCAAACAUUAUGUAUUGUGUUUAUAAAUAUAAUUCAUCAAUUUUCAUUUCUGUCAAUUGACGGUAGCAAAUGUGCAAUCAAAAACUAAAGUUCACAAAGGUCAUACUUUACGCUUGCAACAACAAGACACACAGCAGUUAACUACAGAAAAAAACUUAGAUACCGCGAUAAAAUCAAGUUCUCCAAAUUAACAGCCAUUUUUGUUUUAGUGACAAGCGUUAUUGUUGUUCCUUUGCUAGCAUAAUAGUAGACUGGUAUACUGGUAGUUUUACGGAAUCUUCUAUUUUUAGAACCAAUUGCCAUUAGUUGCUUUUGUGAAAGAUAUUUAUCUUGCUUGUGUAGAGUGUAUAACCUUGAAUGUCCAUACAAAUGCUCUAUUCUCUUUGAAGUCCUAUGAUUACGUCAUUGAAUUCUUUUGUAUGGUCUUGUUAAAUCCAUCUAGUAAAGAUUACUUUUGGAGGUAUUUGUUUUUGUUAUUGUUAUAAUACUGUGUGUAUUUUUCGAAACCUUGUGUACUUACAUCAUGUCUAUAGAUUUAAAACAAUAUGUAUUUAAAAAAGCAAAUGCUGUUUUUUAUUUUGCUGGUUUUUUUUUUGGUUUUUUUUUUUGUAGUAGUAGCAUAUGUCUACUCUGUACAUUUUUUACUAUAUAUCUGUAAUGAUAAUUUGAAUUUAUUAUCUUUUGAUUGAUUUAUGAUAGAUUUUACUUACUGAUAUUCUUUAUGAAGUAUUAUAGCCUUAUUAAUUUUACUUACUGAUAUUCCUUAUAAAGUAAUUAAGCCUUACUAAUUUUACUUAC